AUGAGGUCCACGAUUCUGGUACUUCUUUGGCUCGGAGCCACAGCAUCGGCUCAGGGGAACCACACCCAUCUGCUGGAGUCCUCUCUCGAGAAUCGCGUACUAUCAAGGCGGGUGAGGGGUUUGAUAUUCCCGGACAAGGCCGCGCUUCUCCUGACCGCCGCCCUCACAAAAAUCAUUGUGGGUGCUCGACCCAGUGGCCUUCAGUAUAGUCUGGAAUUCGACAUGUACAUCCCAGUGCCCGACACCGUCGAGGGUUGGCAGCCCAAGAUUCUGAAGAGGUUUAGGCCAAAGCCCAUGCCAAAACGCCGAUAUGAUUGGUCCUAUUACAAAAGACCAGCUUAUCCCUAUUUUACCACACCUUAUCGGAAUGCGUAUUACAAUAGCCCGGCUUUGAAUAGAGGAUCCUUUUACCAAAAGAAAACAAGAGAUAUAUUUCAAAAAACUCCAUGGAGUUCAUCCUCGCUUAUUGAUCGCAAGAUUUAUUUUUUUUUUAGUCCCGCUUUAAAUAGCGGUGCGUUCUACCAAACCCCCUGGACUUUAUCUUCAACUAAGAACCAGUAUAAGCCACAGGAAGAGGUCUAUGAAUCCUGGGAUCAAGUGCCCAGUUGGAAACUAAACCGUGGCUAUAGAGAGCGCCGAGAGAUUUUCGAUCAAUUUGAGGCCAUGGGAAAGGUAUUCCAGUUGGAUCUUAGGUCCUGUAUCAAGAGAGCCAUGUGCGAACUGAGAGCCAAAUUCAACAAAGGUCAUGACCAGGGAUUUCUCUUGGAUGAUCUUCUGAGAAUUGUCUUAACAGUGCCCGAGGAGAUAGCCGACGACAAGUACCGGCAUCGCAUGGACAUCCAGGACUGUGCCCGGUUCUACUCCCCAAGUUGCCCCUACAAUGUUCUGGACUUCCUCACCCAGAGUGGUGGAAAAAUGUGA